AUAAUUAAUUUAGUACAAAAUCGGAGUAUAACGGUGCAAACCGUGGAUUAACCAAUUUUCUUCUGCUUUAGGGUUUAAGACCUUGGGGAGAGUUUGACGGAAAAUCUCCAUUUGCUAACUGCACAUCACCUGCUUGCAUCGACAACUACACGUUUUGUUGCAACGACGAUGAUGCCUCGAUGGAGCAGGACACUGGCUAAUAUUUAUAAAGUAGGGAAACAGAGUAAAUCAGAUAUGCCUAGAGAUCUGUAUGCUCUUCCGUGCCGGCGAAUUUCUAGGGUUGCCGCCGUUGAGGUGCCAGAAGCUUCAGAUGCUGCUGAGAAAUACACUGGUGCUAAAUCAGAGGUAAAUCUGAAUAAGCUGUUUCGUGCUAAGCCUUGUUCUUUAGCCUUGCCACCUGGAUCUGCUCUGAGGAUCGAGGAGCCUAACUAUGAGGGUCUCCGCCAAUUUCUCCUCAAAUUGAUGCUGUUUUAUAGCAAACAGAGCAAGUCUAUUCGAGCUGCAAAUGUCAUUUAUCGCCGUGUUAUAUCUCAAGUGGAUAAACCUGCCAUUUAUGAUGUUUUUAGCUUGGAGAAAACGUUUAGAACAAAUUUCUCCAUGCUUGUAGUACACAUGUGGCUCUGUUUGCGUCGAUUGAAAGCAGAAGGAAAAGAAGGUGUUGAAUUGGGGCAAUAUGUGUAUGAAAUCUACAAUCAUGAUUUAGAGAUGAGAGUCUCAAAAGCAGGGGUUAAUUUGCUGUUGUCUAAAUGGAUGAGGGAGUUGGAAAAAGUAUUCUAUGGAAAUAUUGUUGCUUUUGAUACUGCCAUGCUUCCAGAAGCUAAACAGGAUGACUUGCAGACUGCAAUAUGGAAAAAUGUCUUUCUUGAAGAUGGUUCAUCGAAGCUAGAUGCUGCUUCAUUACCAGCUGUCAUGGCUUUCACAAGAUAUGUUAGGCGAGAAUGUACUUGCUUGUCAUUAACAGAUAAAGAAGCUAUGUUCUCUGGCAACUUCUUGUUCACCUCUCUUGAAAACCCAAAACCUUAACUUUAUUUGUUUUUCAGAGCUGUCGAGGCUUUUUUUCCCCUUAUAUGGAUACAUAAACAGUCUCUUUGAAUAAAUAUUUGUUUUUGUUUUUUCCUGACACACAAAAAAAAGCUCCAUUAUUGGCGUGAGGAAUCCACAAAUUACUUUGGGAUUAUUUCAUAAAUUGACCCAAAAUAUUGGGACUUUUCUGCAAAAAAAAAAAUCUUAUUAUUUUUAUUAUUAUUUCAUUAAAAAUGUAAAUAAGUAUAUUAAGACUUUUUUGUAAAAAAAAUAAUAAUUUUGCUUUUA